AUGGUGGCAGAAGCUACGGAAGGCGACAGGCAUACAGCAAAAACUCCCAACGGCAGCUGGCCUGGAAACCUGAAUGGAAGCCAUACGGAGGCCACUGCAGGUGCCAAUCUCACCUUCUCCUCCUACUACCAGCACUCCUCACUGGUGGCUGCCAUGUUCAUCAUGGCCUAUGUGCUCAUCUUCCUGCUCUGCAUGGUGGGCAAUGCCUUGGUCUGUUGCAUCGUCCUCAAGAACCGGCACAUGCGCACCGUCACCAACAUGUUCAUCCUCAACCUGGCUGUCAGUGACCUGCUGGUGGGUAUCUUCUGCAUGCCCACCACCCUCGUGGACAACCUCAUCACUGGGUGGCCCUUUGACAAUACCACGUGCAAGAUGAGCGGCUUGGUGCAAGGCAUGUCUGUGUCAGCCUCAGUGUUCACCCUGGUGGCCAUCGCUGUGGAAAGGUUCCGCUGCAUCGUGCACCCCUUCCGCGAGAAGCUGACCCUACAGAAGGCGUUGGCCAUCAUCGCGGUCAUCUGGGCGCUGGCCCUGCUCAUCAUGUGCCCGUCAGCCAUCACGCUGACGGUAAUGCGCGACGAGCACCACUUCAUGGUGGACGCGCACAACCGCUCGUACCCAAUGUACUUGUGCUGGGAGGCGUGGCCCGACAAGGGCAUGCGCAGGGUCUACACCACCGUGCUCUUCUCGCACAUCUACCUGGCGCCGCUGGCGCUCAUCGUGUUCAUGUACGCGCGCAUCGCCCGCAAGCUGUGCAAGGCCUCGGGCCCGGCGCGCGGCGGCGAGGUGGAGGCGGAGGGCGGGCGCGCGGCGCGGCGCAGGGUGCGCGUGGUGCACAUGCUGGUCAUGGUGGCGGUCCUCUUCACCCUCUCCUGGCUGCCGCUGUGGGCGCUGCUACUGCUUAUCGACUACGAGCAGCUCAGCGAGCCGCAGCUGCACCUGGUCACCGUCUACGCCUUCCCCUUCGCCCACUGGCUGGCCUUCUCCAACAGCAGCGCCAACCCCAUAAUCUACGGCUACUUCAACGAGAACUUCCGUCGCGGCUUCCGCGCCGCCUUACGCGCCAGCCUCUGCCCGCUGCCGUCGGGCAGCCACAAGGAGAUCUACUCGGAGCAGCCCAGCGGGCUCCUGUGCCGCCAGGUCCUGGUCGACCUGCAGCCCAGCCACUCGGGCCCGCCCUCCGAGCUCGGGCCCAGCAGCGGGGCCUCCAGGCGUGGCCGCCUCCCGCUGCGCAGUGGACGCGUGGCGCACCAUAGCUUGUCGCCUGAGGGUCCCGGAUGCUCCCACAUGCCCCUCGCCGUCCCGGCCUGGGAUAUCUGA